UUUCCAUUUUGCUGCCGCCAUGGCAAUUGCUCACUUCUCAGGUUCAGGCUGAACUCACUUGCCGAAGAAGACGACGAUGAAGGAGGAGGUAAGAAGAAACUGAUUCAGCGAACAUCAGAGAGCUCAAUCACCUCUAUCUCUCCGCAAUGGCAUCUCCUGCUUCUUCAGCGGAAUCCUCCCUGCUCUCGAAGCUCGAAUCCCUCGUUUCCUCCUCCGGUCACGGCCCCGACGGUGCCGAAGACAUCCACUCUCUCUUCUCCGAUCACCUCCGCCCGUUCUCCGAUCUAUACACCGCUCCUAACCCCAGGAAAUCCUCCAAAUCGGCCACUCAACAGCAGCAGCAGCAGCAGCAAGCUCUAAUCCGGUCUCUCGCGAAGCAGUACCUCCCUUUCCUCAACCGUUCCCUGUCGAUCCUCCCCAAGCUCCUCUCCAGUCCCCGGCCGGACCAGUCCCCCCUCUUCCAUACGUACAGGCUCUGCCUCCGCUGCUUGGACUCUCUCUCCUCCCAGCUCUCCUGCAAGCCCUACUCCAUCCACCUGCAGAGGCUCAGGUUGAUCCGCUGCCUUGAGUCCUGCACAUUGUACAAUGAGUCCCGUGAUGAAGGGUUUGCUGUUUUGGAGAGCCUCCGUGAGAUUGAUUUGGGCGGGAGGAGAAAGGGGAAAGCGAACGGGAGGUUCUUGCCUGAUUUGAAGGGGGCAGGCGAGGAUAAGGAGUUCAUAAUUUUGGUUGUUGAGAUUGUGGUGGUGCUUGUGAAGUGCUUGGCGAUGGUUCAGAGCAAGGAUGGUGCUGAUUAUCUGAGGAUCAUUCAGUUAGUGGAGGAAGCCAUACCUUGGUUCAGGGUCCUCGACGCUAAUACAUAUGAGAAACUGCAUAGGGUGCUUGUUACCUACCUGGGUAAAGCCACCCUUUUUUUGUUUGCCGAGAAUAAGUGUUUUGAUGCGGACUUGGUCCGUUCAUUUUCACUAGCCAGCUUGGCCCAGUAUGAGGAGUCACCGCUGAAUGAUCAAACUUUUAAGUUCGCCCGCAGGAUGUGUUCCUUGUUGCUAUCUGAACCAGAUGAGAGGAGUUCUUUCAUUCUUGAUAUAAUCAAUCGUUUAUCAGAAUGUGGCUCACCUGAUGGCAAGGUGGGGAGGGAGAACGAUGAGAUAGAACUUAUUGAACUUGUUUCUUAUUGUGCUAGUAGAUGCCGAAACAUAAGUUAUGAAUUUAUCUGUACGUUUGCUGCCAAUAUAGAGGCAAUGGCAUGUAAGAAGGUCCAAAUGCCCAUUGACAUGAUCCUGCAGUUGUAUGCUGUUGGUUUGUAUCUUUCUGAUGCAAAAGUUAAACCUAGUGGUUCUACAUCUUCGGGAGGCCAGGAAGACGGUGCUACAUUGAGAUUUUUAUAUGUCAAUGCGCAUAGAUUGAACGUUUUAUCAUCCCUGCUUGGUCCAUUGCAAAGUUACUUCCAGAUUGAGUGCAAGGAGAUUGCUCAUGGUCAGAAUGACUCUUGCAAAGAUGCUGAAAGUGAUACUCGUAAAAAGAAAGAAACUUAUCUUCCACUUUAUAUGAAUGCAUUGAAGUUUUUGUGUCAGCCACUUGCUGAAUUGGUAAAUGUUGAAAGGAAACAGUUGCUUGCUGGAAAUGAAAUGGGCUCUGCUGUUACCCUCCUGUGUGCAGUCCAGGGUGCUUUAAAUCAGUUCUGUGAUGUCUUGCUUUUCCAUUGCAGUUCUAUGUAUGAAAGGGAGAGAGAUGGAUUUGAAGAUCACUCCAAAAUGUUACUUGGUGUAGCUGUAGCUGCUUUCACUCUCUCUUUAAUAACAAAGCUCAAUCUGCAGAGUAUAAUGAACUUGAUUGAGCAAACAAUUUCAAGUCAGUGGGUUCAGCAGCAAGGGUUAAAAUUCCUACUCUCCUCGCUAUACAACAUUGGUGUUGUCCUUUACAGAAACAAGCGAGUGAAAGAGGCUUCCAAGGCACUGAAAUUAUCCUGUCAGGCAUCAUGGACAUGCAUCAUGCUAUUCUGCCAAAGGUCUGAACACGAUUCCCAUGGAAUUGGUAAUUUUUCAGAUGAUGCUAUUGUAGAUUUCAUUAAUGAAGCGUGUGCAAGAAGUGCUUUUUAUUUGGAUAUUCUCCAUCAACGGGGCAGUAAAAAGCUUGAAAAGACAAUUUUAAGCACCAUAUGGAGUUGGUCGGUUGCUCAAAGCAAGUUUAGUAGGCUACCAGGUCCUAUGGCUCUGGUGAAGCAAUGGGCUAAGAUUCAGUGUAAAGAACAGAAGAAUUCUAAUGCAAAAAAUGGAUUAUCAACUUUAUGUGAAUUGCUUCUACAUUCGAGUGAAGUUUCAGGAGGAAUGUUGGCCAUUAUCUCAGAGCAGGAGCUUCUUGCAUACAAAGAGAUGAGUUCUUGGUGCCCAGAUUUAUGCAAAAGAAUGAAUAUGAGAAUUACGGAUGUUCUUCUGGAAAAAGCGGAUCUGCAAGAUAAUGUUUUACAGAAAGCGAGACUACUGAUUGAAAGAGGAAAAACUCUGGGAGUUCAUGGAAUUGUAAGCCUAAAUGAAUGUAUCGAGUUGUUAUCAAGAGCAGCAUCUGAGAAGACUGCUGCUGGAUCUUUUUCUCAUGUUGUCUUGGAACGCCACCAGUUAGCUACUGCUUAUUGCUUGAGGGCACUUUGCAUCCAGGAGGUUGACCCAAAAUCAAAGGGAAUAUUGCAGGAUAUUACUGUUUCAUUGAACCUCUGGUCAGGCAUCUUUACUUCAGAUGAUUGCUCUGCGGAUGAACUGAGCAGAGUGUUAACUGAAGUGUCAUUGACAUUGUUCUCCUGUACACUAGAUUUACUAGCAUUGAAGGGCUGCUUUGCAUUUCACCUUGAAAUUGAAGUAUGGAAGAUCAUAAUGAAGGUUUUUAGAUGUAAGAAUAUACCACUAGAGAAUUGUGUGUCCUACUUUUGGGAAUGUAGAAGGAUGAGUCAUGCCCUUUGUACUUCACCCAUAAGCAAUGCUUUCAUAAAGAUUAUGUCAGAGCAUUUUGGAGAGCACUCUGCGUCUGUGGAUUACUGGAUAAGUUGUCUGAAAGGAUCGCAACCACUGAUAGUUGGACUUCAGAACAGUUUUUCAUUCAUAUGUUCAGCCAGUUCUCAAGGAUCUUCCAAUCCUGAAAUUUCACUUCAAUUAGAUACUGCAGUUGGUGAAGUUAAGGAGGCUGUUCUUGAACUUGUAUCGAGUGUUCCAGUACACAGUCGUUCCACUUUCACUGCUGGACAUCUCUUAUAUGAUCUGUCUGAAAGGUUGAUCUCAAGUGGUUGUUUGCACGAGGCGCUUCUAAGUGCAAAAGAGUCACAUAGGUUACGUACUAAACUCUUUCAGGAAAAAUUCACAUACUCAAUUGAACAGCGAGCUGAGAAGUACGGUGAGGUUGCUGAACUCACCCAGAAGAACAAAUAUAGUGUAAGGGAUCUCCAGGUAUCUAGAUCAGUUGUUGGCGAGGUUUGGACAUUCGAGUUAUCCACAUUUAAUCUGGAGGACACUCAUAUUAGUCCAUGGAAUGUACUUCAGGGUUACCUCGAGAGCACCUUACAGGUUGGGACCAUCUAUGAACUAAUUGGUAAUGUGACAGAGGCAGAAACUUUCUUCCUGUGGGGAAAAGACAUUUCCUGGUCGCAGGAUUUGACACAUUUUACUGUCACCUUCUCCUCUGCCUUAGGGAAACUGUAUUGUAAGAAGCGACUUUGGAAUUUAGCAGACAGAGAGCUGCAGAGUGCAAAACAAAUUGUGAUGGACUGGAAUAAGGAGCGUAGCAUGAGUAGCACAUGCUCUAGAUGCUGUUGGCUGCUUGAAGCUGGUAUUGAACUCCAACUUGGUAACCUAAUUAGAAGUGAGGUUGAUAGGACCACCAGGUUGAUCUGCAUGAAUAAGCUGUCUAAGGCAGAAAAGCUCUUCAGAUCAGCUCUUGAUAAGCUUAAUCAUUUCGAAUGGAAAAGCUCAGAUGUUCAUGAGGAAGAAAAAGAAGAGAGCUCUAAUCUAAAAAAGAUGAACUAUGUUGAUGGUGUUUAUCAAGGAACAAAUACAGUAGUGAAUCAGCUGGCUGCUAGAAAAAUCCUUCCUGCAAGUAAACAGGAUGUGAAGAUUGAAAUCGCGAAGGGUAGAAAAGCAAAGACUGUGGCAAAAUCUUCGUUGAAGGAGCAUUGCAUAAUUUCUGAUGCGAAUAAAAGGGUAACCCGUUCUAGGUACCGAUCAUCGAAGCAGAAUGCAGUGUUGUCAGGUGAUGCGGAGGCAUGCCCAGUGACUUCAUCUAGUGCCAAUCAGACAGAUUCACUCCCACAACAAGACAAUUCAGGGAAUGGAGUAUCAUGCAUUUGCAAUAAUAUGAAGUGUUGGAGGUGCCUUCUUACGAAUGUAGCAAAAUCUGGUUUACUGAACAAUUACAUAAAUAUGAGAUGGGAGCUCUUCCGUAGACGGAUUUCAACGGGACUACUCAUUGGCAUCGGAAAAUGCAUCGGAAAUCUUGAUGAGGUUCAUACAACACACAAAAUAUUCUUGCAAAGCAUAUCGAACCUAGCCGGUGGAAGCAACAAUGAACUGUCUCAUGUUUCAGUUGACUUAAUUGGGAAAGAAUUCUCAGGGGAGAUGUUAGCUAUUGAACGUGCUGUAGUACUUUACAGCAUGUCUUGGUUCUUGUUGAAGAGUUACCGAAGGCAGAGUGAAAGAAAUAAAUGCUGCCAUCUUGCUCAAAUUCAGCUACAGCAAGUUGUGUCAUGGUUGAAACUAGCCUUUGUGCUAUGCCAUGAGGUUCCAGCACUUGCACAAAAGGUGGCUAGAUUGCUCGCCGUUACAUACAUAAUUUCUGCCUCAAGUGAACCAUUUUCUUCGUCUCGCAACGCACUUUCUGAAAAUUAUUGGGCUUCAUAUUUUCAUCAAGCUUCAAUAGGCUCCCAUUUGAACCACCAAUUUUCUCUUCAUAUCAUUCAGAAGGAAAAAGUCCAAGACAAUGUUGGCCUUCAGGGCUCCACUGUUACAGACUCAACUUCCAUCAAGGCAGAGAUGUUCAGUCUUCCCAGGCUUGCACCUGAGUCUGUGAAAGAUCUUGAAGAUUGGGUAAGAAGAUUUUUUAAGAGUCUACCUUGCACCACAAUCAUUUGUAUAAGUGUUCUUGGGGAUGCUGACUCAAGUUUGCUGCAAGAGCUAUUUUCUUCUUCUGCUCGUGCAUGGCUUCUCUUGUCUCGAUUGAACUCAGAAGACCAGCCUAUCAUUUUGCUUAAGCCAUUGGACCCAAUUUUAGAAGAUGCUGUUGAUGAUGGGACUUUAGGCUCUGGGAAGUUGUCAGACGUGACAUGUUCGGGGAAACACUGGCAUUGUCCUUGGGGUUCUACUGUGAUUGAUGAUGUCAUUCCUACGUACAAAGAGAUACUGGAGGAGAAUUACCUGUCAUCUUCAAAUUAUCCUUUGGAAGAUACUAAAGAAAAUAGGCUGUCAUGGUGGAAGAGGAGAAAAAAUCUUGAUCUCCGCCUCAAUAAAUUGCUUAGGAAACUAGAAGACUUGUGGUUAGGUCCAUGGAAAUAUUUGCUACUUGGAGGAUUAAUUAAUUCCAGUCACCUGGACUCACUGCAUAGGAAGCUUAUGCGUGACUUGAAAUCUAAAUGCAAAGUGGAUGCAAGUGAAGCUCUAGUUAGAGUGAUACUCGGAGGUGCAAAAUCUGCCUCUGAAGCCGAAACUUUUAUUCCUGAGCUACAUUCAAAAAGAAGUUGCCAUAUUUGCUGCAUUACCCAGCAUGAUGAAGCAAGACCAGACAGAACUUCUACAUCUGAUAGAGCUGAUAAACUAUCAAGUUUGGCUUCUCAGUUGGUACAACAGGCUAUUAGUGAACUUGAAGUGGAGGAUGACGCACAUAGAGAACCAACGAUUUUAGUGCUUGAUUGCGAAGUGCAGAUGCUCCCAUGGGAGAACUUCCCUAUUCUGAGAAGCCAGGAGGUUUACCGUAUGCCUUCUGUGGGCAGCAUCUCAGUGACCAUAGACAGAAGCCGCAACCGUCGAGAGCAUGUCGGGAAAGUGGCUGCUGCCUUCCCUUUCAUAGAUCCCUUGGAUGCAUUUUUCCUGUUGAACCCAGGUGGUGACCUUAGGAGCACACAGAUAGAAUUCGAGAACUGGUUUAGAGAUCACAAGCUGGAGGGAAAGGUUGGAUCUCCGCCUGCUACUGAAGAGCUGGCCCGUGCCUUGCAGCAGCAUGAUCUAUUUAUCUAUUUCGGGCAUGGAAGUGGAGCUCAAUACAUUCCACGGCAUGAGGUUCAGAAACUUGAGACUUGUGCUGCUACUUUUCUGAUGGGAUGCAGCAGUGGUGCUCUCUCUCUCCAUGGCUCCUAUGCACCUGAAGGUAUGCCUCUUGCAUACUUAGCUGCAGGCUCUCCUGUGAUUGUUGCCAAUCUAUGGGAAGUGACAGACAAGGACAUCGAUCGCUUUGGGAAGGCCAUGCUUGAUGCUUGGUUGGAAGAGAGGUCAAAUGCCACGAGAAUAUGCACCCAGUGUGACUCCCUAACAAAAGAGUUCGAGGCAAUGGACCUGAGAAACAACUGUACUGGCAAGAAUAGCAAGAAAUUGCCCAAGAAGCAGCAAGCCCCGGAAUCUCAAGAUUGUAUACAUUGCUGCAAUCAUAGUCGGGCAAGGAUAGGCUCAUUCAUGGGCCAGGCACGCAAGGCCUGCAUGCUGCCUUUCUUGAUUGGCGCCGCGCCGGUGUGUUACGGUGUACCAACGGGUAUCAAGAGGAAGAAAGACUUGUAGCAUGUCCGUCCAUCUUACGGAAACUUUAUAAAAAAAGGAAAUUCAAAUUCACGAUUCUUUUGAGGAGACGGGUGGAUUAUUCUCACCUCGAAAGUGAAGGAUACCGAGAUUCAAGCCUUCUGUAGAUUCAGCAGGGUCAUUUGAUUCCGAGUCCUCAUUAUUAAGUUAAUAUAGGAAGUUGUAUUCCAAUGUGUUCUUUUGUAAUGUCACAUUAUUACCGGGCGCAAUUGGUGUAUAGCAGUCUGUGUUUCGUCUAUGGUGUCUAAUGUGGUGCUGAAGUUUAAUUCGAUCUAUCUUUCCCACAAAGUUACUCUUCGUGCUAUAUAUCCUUAGGAACCACAUCAUCGUGCAUGGUUUGGGGGCAGUUUGAGUAUUAUUAGACUGUAAGAAUGAAGAUUAUAGAGGAAAUUUUUAAUUAUGGAAUUGUUUAUCUUGAAUUGUUAGGCAAAAAUGUGAUAUUAUUGUGUUUGGUAA